UCUUAUUCUCCCUUUCCUCUCUUCUUCUCUCUUUUUUUUCUUCUUUGGUUCUUUGUCGGUCCCAGUUUGGCCCUAGCCCUAGCACACUUUUGUGUCUUCUGCACAGAAUAUCCUCCCUGCUCCUUCUCCACAUAUCCCGCAACCUUCAUUUCUCCACACUCGACGUGUCCUGCCUCCUCGUACCCAUAUACCGCUUGUGAAAUACUCUCCACUACAUAUUCGCGUCGUUCUUCGCCCCCAACCCUCACUGUCGCCGAUACAACUACACCAGUUAUGAGUACCAAAAAGCAACAGAGAUCACAGUCGACGCGGAUAGGGCUACAGUUAAAGACAGGGACCGUGCUUCUCAUGCUACUGAUAGCGCUCUCUACUGCCGGACCCUCAGCUGCUGCACCGGCCACGACUACAGCUAAUCAUGGAAUUACUUCUACGACCGCAUCAGCAGUCAAACCGACCACAUCUGCAAGCACCACUCUCGUCUCAAGUCCCACUCCAGACUUCAUUCUUCCAACACCUGCAACACCACAGCCAACCUCGACGACAGGGGCAAAUGCUCUUGCAUGUCCUCCGCCAAUGGUCUUCAAUACCCUCAAUCUCACCUCGGGGUCGUGCAUUGGAUCUUGCUGUCUACCCUGCCCAGCCUCGUCCAUUUUUUACGAACCCAACAAACUGGAAAACAUCUACACACUUACAAGUAUCUUUCGCGCAAUCUCUGCGACGGCUGGGGCGUUCUUGUUGGCAUGUUACUUGAUCCUCCCGAGUCGACGCAAACAUCCUCAUUUGAUCGUGCUCUGUUUUACGGCGCUGGUGGUUCCCUGGGAGGGACUUGGCACAAUCUGGUUAUAUAAGAAGGAGAAACUGUUGUGUAAAAGCGUAUUUGAGAUUGCGACCAUGUCCAAUUCUUGGCUUUGCGGAUUACAAGGCAUCGGGCUUAUGUAUCUCGUGCUGGUGAUGCUGUGUCUCGCUAGUCUACUGAUUACGAACCUUCACUUCCUAACGGUCUACCGAUCCACGCUUAUUCACUCAUACAUGUCGCAAUUGAUUGUCUUUUCGUUCCUCCUGCCGCUCUCGCUCGUCCUCCCGGUCUCAAUUCGUCGACAGAUUGAAAAUCCUGGGUUUGGUUCUAUCUGCUUCGUGAGCGCCGAGGUCGCCAGUCCUUACUUUUUCUAUCCGCUUUCGGUCAUUCUCUGCAUCGCAACUUUAAUACAUCUAGGAACCAUCGCGUAUAUGAUCAGGACGAACAUCAAGGCCAAUUCUGGCUCUAUCGGCGACUCGACUUCUUGCAAUCCAAGCGAAUCCCUCAGCAACAGUAGCAAGGUCCUGUCCAAGAGACAACGUCGCCUGCAAACAGCACGCGACAUUUCCCUGCUCCUCAAACAGCAGUGGCGUCCCGGUCUGUUCGCACUGUUUCUCCUUAUCACUGACAUGAUCUACUGGCUAUUCUAUUUUGUGGAAGCCAAAAAGCUCGAAACUGUCAGUCCCACCACAUCCUGGUUUGUCGAAUGGACACAAUGUCUUGCCCAGCAAGCUGCAAUUUCAAUCAAAAUCGGAACGUUGUCCCUGACUACGGUACCUACCGUGGAGCAGCUCAAGAUGGCAGGCGAUGCGGCUCAGGCGGCCUGUGCAUCCAUUGCGAGGCCUUAUGUACCAUCGUUCUCAUGGGCGGCGCUAUCGGAUAUUAUGCCUGCGACUUUUGGGAUUACCGUGCUGGCCAUUUUUGGAACCAAGUUAGAGCUGUGGCAGGAUCUGAAGCUCAGAUUGUCUGGAGGUCGCGAUACCACGGUGUUCCUCAUGGGCGAUAUUACCAAGGAGACCAAGGAUCGUCACCAGCACCAGCAAAAGCAGCAACAAGAGCAACAAGGACAGUCGAAGAAAGUGCAGCAGACGGAUAUGAAGCAGGACGAUGGCUUUUAUUCGCAGGACUUGGAGAUGGAUCAGACUGAUUACAACAGCCACGAUAUCCUGACAUCGCUUCCUGAGGCUGCAGCUGCCCCUGCUGGCCACUACCGAAACAAUCUAACGAGAUCUGGAUCCCAAACCGCUGCGGCUACACCUUUGUCCCCUACUUCUCAUGUAUCAUUUACAGACACCAAGGUGGGAUAUGGAGGGCCGACACGGAAGGCAUCGACCAGGACUGAGGAUAACCGCGAGAAUAUUUACUACCGCAAUCCCGUGCAUGGAGGGUCUCCACACCAACAACGCGCCAAACUAGUAAGCGAAGGAUCGGAACCUUGGCCUUCAUGGCCGUCGACCACAGCUGUCGUAACCUCAAUUACUUAUCAUGGACGACCACCAUUGACCAUCGAGACACAUGAUCAGGGAAGCCAUGGUCAAAGCCGGAGUUCCGUGUAUGCGCCAACCUCUGCGACAUCGCAGGCAGUAUCCCCAAGCUCACGAGGGUUCUAUAACUCGGAUGAUCUGUCGCAAGCGUCGCCAUCGAUAUACCCAGAUCAGCGCAGUGGUCAUGAGCAGCAGCAGCAACAGCAGUUUUCUUGGUCACAGAAUCAGUCGCCAACGACACGCACACUCUCCCCACCACCUGUGCCUCAGAAGAGCGGUCGUCGACGCAUCUAAUGAGACGAGAAAAAAAAAAAAUACGGCUUUAUUAAAGAUUUUCUUACGC